AAGCAGGCAUUUCAGCCUUUCCUUUCCUCGCAAAGGGCUGGAUCUGCUAAGAAAUGGAACAGCAUAUUGUUCACUUAUUGUCACGUACUGAAUAGUCACUUAAGUAAAGAUCAGGUGAUUCACCUACUAUUCUUUGGAACCUCCCAGAAGAACCAGUAGUGCCUAUUGUUCAUCUCCACAUCCGCUUAGAAAAUUAAAGUACUCAAUAGAAUUAAUCUGAGCUAAAGACCAGGUUUCUAUCCAAGAAACACACUUGUUCCUGGUCCCAGAACCCAGAACUUCCCCCUGACAUAACUCAUCACCACCCAGGAAUCCUGUUAUCCAUACCAACCUCAUCGCAAAGGGUAGACAGUGGGACCAAGCCCAAGGUGAUAUUUUUGUCAAAGAGUAAGUGCCAAAAAAUGUUAAGCCAGAGAUUUUCAUUACAAAAGCUUGAAUAAAGAUAGAGCAGUCCAAAAAAACUUCCACUUCCUUAAGGCAGGGCUCAUAUUCUGUAUAAAAUGCUAGCUGGCCAGAGAUUCCACACCAGACCCAAGAGGCCAGACAGCUUGAACUUUUCUCUGCACCAGGUCCAGCCUCCUUUGAACCAUGAGUUUCCCACCAGCAGAAGCAGCCCCACCAACCCACCUCCCCAGCUUCAGCAGCAACAGGUGAAACAGCCCCACCAGCCUCCACCUCAAGAACCAUCUGUUCCUAUAACCAAGGCGAUAUGCCCCCCCAAGGUUCCACAACCUGGCCCCACCAAGGUUCCACAACCUGGCCAAACCAACGUUCCACAACCUGGCCCCACCAAGGUUCCAGAGCCAUACUACCCCCAGCAUCCUCAACCAGGCCAAACCAAAGUUCCAGAGCCAUACAACCCCCAGCAUCCUCAACCAGGCCAAAAAGAUAUUUCAGAGCCAUACUACCCUCAGCAUCCUCAACCAGGCAAUCCUGUGUUUCCUGAGAAGGGUCACACCAAGCUUCCUGAGCCAGUCCAUCCUAAAGUCCCUCAGCCUGGCCAGCCUCAGGUCCCUGAGCCAUUUCCUUCAAAGGUUACUCCUGGCCCAGCCCAGCAGAAGACCAAGCAGAAGUAAUGUGGACCACAGCCAUGCCCUUGAGGAGUUGAUCACCAGAUGCUGACUACCUUCUUCCCUUCUGCUUCUGUGUCUUGAUUAUCUGUAGACCUUGUAAUCAGUAUGUUCUCACCAUCAGUCAGAAUCUUUCUCUUAUUUGCAUCCUAAAAAAUAUUUGCUAUGAGACUUUUCCUUGCACACUCUGAAGAGUCCUCUGAGCCUCUGAAUUAUGCAGAAGGCCUGAGUGGCUCUGCUGGUCCUAUGUUGCUCAGGGCUCACCUGAAGAGUCAGUCUGGAUGAGAACAAUGCCUGUUUCCUGCUCUGUCCCUAUUAAAGCACU